GGGGCCGGGCCGUGCAGGCGGCGAGUCCAGCGGCUGCGGGCCGGCCGGGCGUCCGGGACUUCCUAGUUGUGAGGCAGGCCGGCCGGCGGGCGCGCACUCUGUCUGUCCGUCCGUCCGUCCGUGCGCCCAGCCCCGACCAUGCCCCAGGCCGGCAGCGCGUCCUUCCCCGGAGCCGUCCCCGACGACGUGCGGAGCCUGUUGGCAGAUCUUGAGACAUUUAUAGUAGAAACACUCAGAGGGGAAAAUUUAUCCAAGAAAGCCAAGGAAAAGAGAGAAUCCCUUAUUAAGAAGAUAAAAGAUGUAAAGUCUAUCUAUCCUCAAGAGUUCCAAGACAAAGUCGAUACAGAAGAUGGAGAAGAAUAUGACGAUCCUUUCCCAGGGCCUCCAGAUACGCUCUCCCAAACGUCCGAUCGCUGUGAGAAAGACGAUGAGGCCCCCUCUGAUGGAAACCAGUUCCCUCCAAUCGCAGCUCAGGACCUUCCGUUUGUUCUGAAGGCUGGCUACCUGGAGAAACGGAGAAAAGAUCACAGCUUCCUGGGGUUUGAAUGGCAGAAGCGCUGGUGUGCUCUUAGCAAAACAGUUUUCUAUUAUUAUGGGAGUGACAAAGACAAACAACAGAAAGGUGAAUUUGCUAUCGAUGGAUACAACGUCAGAAUGAAUAAUACCCUCAGGAAGGAUGCAAAGAGAGAUUGCUGCUUUGAAAUCUCAGCUCCUGAUAAACGCAUCUAUCAGUUCACGGCAGCCACUCCCCGAGACGCGGAGGAAUGGGUCCACCAGCUGAAAUUUGUGUUACAAGACAUGGAAUCUGAUGUCAUCCCUGAGGAUGAGGAGGAAAGAGGGGAGUUGUAUGACGACGUUGAUUCUGCUCUCCCGAGCACAAGCCCCUCCGCAAAUGGCCAGCCCAUUGAUGACGAAAUUUAUGAAGUCCUUCCAGAAGAUGAAGACGACAACAGUUGCAAGAAAAUGGAGGAGCCCAGGCAGACGAGCCAAGAGGCCACUAGCCCUGCAGCAGAUAAAAGCACUGAUUAUGCUAAUUUUUACCAAGGUCUGUGGGACUGCACAGGGGCCGUUCCUGAUGAGUUGUCGUUUAAACGCGGUGACGUUAUCUACAUUCUCAGCAAGGACUACAGUAGAUUUGGCUGGUGGGUAGGAGAAAUGAAGGGGACCAUUGGCUUGGUGCCUAAAGCCUACAUAAUGGAGAUGUAUGAUAUUUGAGAGUCCUGGCAAAUCUUAACAUUUAGAAGUGAAGAAGUUGGAGCUUGACUCUUCAUUGCAGCCUGAUCGACGCUGUGGAUUUCACGAGAUCACCCAUGCAUCGAGUUUCAGAAAGUCAUCAAUGCUUUCUUUCCAUUCAUCUUUGCCUGUAAUUUUAUACUCUCCUCCUUUACAAUGUUUUUAUGAUCCCACAUUCACUGAAAGUAUGCCUAGCAAUUGGUUAGGAGCAGAACAAUCAUAUUCGUGGCUAUUUUGCACAGGAAGCAAGUGUAGUUGUGAUUUAUUCAGCUGCUUUGUGUGCAUUCAGUCGUUGGGCUUUGUGGAAGAACCCAACUCUGUUCCUCAAAUGUCAGGUGACCAUUCUUAUCAGGGGUCUUGUAAUGCCCAUUGCUCAGAAUAGGUGAAGUUGUAUGGCUUCAGUGUCUAAUUUCACCGACAUUCUCAUUUAAUAUAUAUCAAUGAGGCAAGUUUUAAAGUGGGUCCUUUGCACUCAGCCAAUGCGUUAAAGCACCGUGAGUGAUUUAUUUUGGCAUUUCACAUAGUGGUGACCUUUUAUCACGAAAGAAUGUAUGCCUUAUUGGCGAAUUGACAUCGUAUUAAAUGUGUCCGCAAGAAGGAAAAAUACUGGGAUGGAAAAACACAACAGACUGUCAUCUCCCCAAGAUGUGUUGUUGAAGAACCCCACAAAGCCCAUUGUCAUUAAAAACCACUUGGGUUAUCUGGAACAGGAUUGUAGGACGUUGAGACCAAGUCACGGUUGGAAUUUGCUCCCCACCAUUCCCUAGAAGAGUUUCCACCACCACCAUGAAGUGAAAGAAGUUUGUUAUUUUAAACUGAGAUCCCUCCCUGGGCCUGUGAGCCCAUUGCUGGAUGGUGAAAGGCAGAGUUGUUUAGAGCUGGACAGGGCCUUUGGGGCCACCCAGUCCAGUCCAGAAACUUCUAGAACAUUCAUUUGCCAGCAGAUGAACGUGUGCCCAGCAUGAGCCUCAAUGGAGUGAUGACCUGUUGUUGAUGGGCAAGUCCCUAGCUCCUCUUGGCAGAUGGGGGUUAAAAUGCCCCUAAUUGCUUAGGGGGUCCAAGACUACUUGAGUCUCUCUUAGCUCCUUAUCCGCAGGUCAUCGAGUUAGACACCCCCGCCCUGGGCUUUCAUUCCUGCCCUUCCAGGGAGCGGUGGCCAUAAAUAGCCUUCCCAGCACCCCCCUUUUAAACAGCACGAAGAUAAUUACAGGACUUAGAGAUAGAGAAGCUGCUGGGAGCGUUCUGUCAUCAUUCUCCCAUCACUGUGAAAUUGGCAGAUUCAUGUUUGUGAUUGACCUCUUCAUUAAUUUCACAUAGAGAAAAAUAACAAAAUAAAGGAUAAAUUGCCCUUCUACACUAAUUUAGAAAAAUUGACAUCUUAGUCUUAGGACAAAAAAAACCAGACACACUUAGUAUAUAAACCAAAUUAGCAAAAAUAGGUGACUUUGGCCUGGAGAGAAACGAGCAAACUUGAUUUUCCAAGUUAAGUUGCUAAAAAGAGAGAAAUGCCCAAGUAGAGCCAGGCAUAGAAAUGGGCAUGGGUUCUGGGAAGCUUUUCGCAUUGCCAAGUGGGGCCAGUAGAUGGCAGCAGAUUUUCAUCACAUAGGGAACCAUUUUGAAACCCUUCCCCCACCAAGGCCACAGCCACCUAAUUUAGAACAUUUGGAGAAUUCCUUCCUCUUUUUUUUCCCUUUACUGUUAAUCCAGGAGAGGGAGUCCUUUGCCAACCGAUGAAUAGCAGUGUCUGCCCAGACAUCCUCCCGUUAAUGGUGGCACUAGGGGCUCUGGCUUCCAUUGCUAUUUUUCUGGGGUCUUUGGGGGAAGGCGAAGAAAGGUGACACCACCAUUUACAGAGAGAAUAAUGGGCGAGAUGCCCAUCUCCUUAGAUCCAGGCCUGAGCAAGGGAUGUAAGCUUGAUGCAAGCACUUGUGAAUCAUGGGGAAAGUUUCCUUCAACACCCUUGACAAUAUCACACGCCCAAGUCCAGCAUGAUAUGUCAUCAAUGUGAUUUUAAACAGUGUGGCUUUAAAAAGAUGCUCAUUGCUCUGUUUUCCUUAUGUUUGCUUCACUUUUAUUUGGUUUUCUGUGGACAGUUAGAGAACCAAUUUUUUUUCAAAGGUGAUUGUGAGUCAUAUUUUAUAUAGCAUUUUGCUUGAUUAUUUGCGCCGUACUGAAUUUGUACACUGUUGCCAUUAGAUCUUACAAUAAUGUUCCACUCUGCAAAUUUUUAAGGUUCAAAUAAAGUUUAAUU